UGAACGUCUUAACCUAUGUGUACGUUAACUUACAUUCCCCAGGCGGCAUCUCCACCCGUGUCAUGCACGGUCGACUGGAUCUAGUCUUAAAAUGUUCUGGAAUGUGCAUUGCAUGAGCGGAUCCCCUCCCCGAUCUUGGGGAGGCUGGGUGUGUGCCACUGUGUGGUCUGUCGGUGUGGGCUAUUCGUACGAGUACUUCUACCGGGGUCUUUUCUUUGCGUGUGUUUUGUGCUUUGUCUUAUUCGGUUGGGUGGGUGUUUGUUUUUUUUGUAAGAUUUGCUGGUUGAAGGGGCGAAUUGUGCAUUCGCUCCAAAGAGAGAGCAAUCGUUUGGAUGGCCGAUUCUGGAAGUAGUGGGAGUUUACUAGGUGUUGAGGAGGUGAUACUGGGCUAGUAGGCGCAUACAGUGAGUGAGUGACUGUACUUUGCAUGUGCAUCUGCUCUCGGCC